AUGUGGCAACUAUCGGUGAAGCUGGCGAGGAAACAAGAGGCCGCGAGGAGGGCGAGGAGGAGUAAGGUCAUGGGUCGGGUGGCGGAGUCGCACGAGCCGUUUCCUGUGAAGAUUGGUGUGAGGAGUUGGAAUGCUAAGAGGGUGCCUGUGGGAAGAAGGUUGGCUAAGUUGGCUGUGCCUGUUAAGGUUUGUGAGAUUGCGCGUUGCGAGAGCGAUGGUGGUGGUGGCUGCUGUUUUGGGGUGUCAGGCAAGGUGUCGUCAGGAACAGUUGAGGUGGUAGUGGUGGCGAUGGUGUCGGAUAAGGGUGUUUGCUUGGAGGGUGUUGGCCUUGCUCUAAGAGACAUUUUUGGAAUUUGGGGUUGUGGAUCUGGUAAGAUUUUGGCAAGAAAUGGUGGCGGUGGUGGUGGAGGAAUAUUACAAAUAAGUUACGAGAGUAUUGGUGUAGUGGUGGGGAGACUACUAAGAAAGAAGGUCUCUUUUUUAUAA